CCGACCUGCAGCGGCACCGGAGGGUGCACACGGGCGAGAAACCCUACAAGUGCCCCAACUGCGACAAGGCCUUCAAGCAGCGUGAGCACCUCAACAAGCACCAGGGCGUGCACGCCCGGGAGCAGCAGUUCAAGUGCGUAUGGUGUGGCGAGCGCUUCCUGGACGUGGCCCUGCUGCAGGAGCACAGCGCGCAGCACAGCGCCGCCGCCGCUGCGGCCGAGGGCGCCUACCAGGUGUCAGGAUGCUGGGCUGGGUCCAGAGGGUGCUGCCUCAGCCCCCAGGGACACCAGUGAAGAGAGAGGAGGAGGAGGGGGCAGAACCAGAGCCAGAGUUGGAGCCGGAGCCUGAAACAGCCCCUGAGGAGACUGAGCUAGAGGAAGAGUCCCUGCCACCUGAGGAGGCCUGCGUGGGGAAGGAAGUGGCUGAGGCUGAUCCGGGCCCUCAAGAAACCCAGGAGGCUGCCCCUUCUCCACCCACAUCCCUCCAGGCUCAGGCCGCUGCGGUUCCAGAAGCGAACAGUGGUCCCAGCAGCCGGGUGCUGACCUGGCUCAGAAAGGGUGUGGAGAAGGUCGUUCCGCAGCCCGUCCACAGUGGCAGGCCUGCCCAGAGCACCGUUGCUGGCUUGGAGGGUCCAGCUCAGCAGGCAGGAGGACAGAUCCUUGGGCACUGCAGCACUGGGGGCUCAGAUGGAUACAGUGAGUCCCCCAGGGCCCAAGACACCGGGCCCGGGCCCUGGCUGCUCAGGUGGCUUGAGCAGAAUCUGGAGAAAAUGCUGCCUCAGCCUCCGAAAACCUCCGAGGGCUGGAGAGAUGAGCCUGCAGAUGCUGCCUUGGGUCCAGAGCCCCCAGGACCCGCCUUGGAAAUGGAGCCUGUGCCGCAGGCCCAGGAGAGCCCAUCCCUGCCUGCUCCUGUCCCCCCGAAGCCCGAGGAGGAGCUGACUCCAGAGCCCCAGCCCGGCAUCCAGGCCUCCUCCCUGCCGCCCACCCAGGACCCUGCCAGGUUGAUGGCGUGGCUCCUGCACCGGCUGGAGAUGGCCCUGCCGCAGCCAGUGGUCCUUGGGAAGGCUGGGGAGCAGGAGCCUGACUCCCCUGUGACAUGUGACGUGCAGAGCAUCAGCAUCCUCCCGGGAGAGCAAGAGGAGCCCAGUCUCAUCCUAGAAGAUGUUGACCCUCACUGGGAGGAGUAUGAGUACCAGGAGGUCAGCAGCCAACGGGGCUCAGAGACAGCUCCAGCUGAUGAAGAGGAGAGCGAGGAGGUGGAGCAGAUGCCCAGGGAGCUGCCUCAGAUUCAAGAGGAGAAAGAAGACGAGGAGGAGGAGGAUGGAGAGGAGGAGGAAGCUGAGCCUCUCCAGAGCCAGGAUCCUCUCAUUAACAGUCACAGUGUCCUGCUGGAUAGCUGUCUGGUGGCGCAGGGAGGCGAGGACCAGAGUGGAGUAGGUGGAGCCGAGCGCCAGAGCCCCUCGCACCAGGAGCUGCAGGAGGAGGCCGUGGCCGCCAGCUCAGGAGUACCUGCCACGGAAGAGCACCCAGAAUUGCAGGUGGAAGACGCUGAUGCCGACAGCCAGCCCCUCAACGAGGAGGAGAAUCCACCCUCUCCCACGGAAGAGCCCCCGGAAGUGCAGGUGGAAGACGCUGAUGCUGACAGCCAGUCCCUCAACGAGGAGGAGAAUCCACCCUCUCCCGUGCCGCUGCCCCCGUCUCCUGCCAAAUGCGACACACUUGGGGUCCCAGGAUCAGCCACAGGGAGCCUCAGGAAGAGGCUGUGCUCCCAAGAUGAUGAGGCUGAAGAGCUGUCACCGGCUGUAUCGCCCGUGGUCGCUUGUUCGGACCCCACCAGCCCGCAGGGCACUGAUGACCAGGACCGCGCAGCCUCCACAGACAGCCAGACCAGUGCCCUCAUCAACAACCGGCUCCAGGAGCUGGUGAAGCUUUUCAAGGAGCGGACGGAGAAGGUGAAGGAGAAGCUCAUCGACCCUGAUGUCACCUCUGAUGAAGAGAGCCCCAAGCCCUCCCCAGCCAAGAAAGCCCCAGAGCCGGCCCUGGAUGUGAAGCCAGCUGAAUCGGGGCAGGUGGAGGAGGAACACUAUUGUGAAAUGCUCUGCUGCAAGUUCAAACGCCGCCCCUGGAAGAAGUACCAGUUUCCCCAGAGCAUCGACCCGACGACCAACCUGAUGUACAUCGUGUGGCUGUUCUUCGUGGUGCUGGCCUGGAACUGGAACUGUUGGCUGAUUCCCGUGCGCUGGGCCUUCCCCUACCAGAUGCCGGACAACAUCCACCUCUGGCUGCUGGUGGAUUACCUGUGUGACCUCAUCUACCUCCUGGACAUCACCGUGUUCCAGCUGCGUCUGCAGUUUGUCAGAGGCGGGGACAUCAUUACAGACAAAAAGGAGAUGCGCAACAAUUAUCUGAAAUCUCAGCGCUUUAAGAUGGAUAUGCUCUGCCUCUUGCCCUUGGACUUUCUCUACUUGAAAUUCGGUGUGAAUCCCCUCCUGCGCUUGCCCCGCUGUUUGAAGUACAUGGCCUUCUUCGAGUUUAACAACCGCCUGGAAUCCAUCCUCAGCAAAGCCUACAUUUACAGGGUUAUCAGGACCACAGCCUACCUGCUCUACAGUCUACAUUUGAACUCAUGUCUGUAUUACUGGGCUUCAGCCUAUGAGGGCCUUGGCUCCACUCACUGGGUUUACGAUGGCGUGGGAAACAGUUACAUUCGCUGUUACUACUGGGCUGUGAAGACCCUCAUCACCAUCGGCGGCCUGCCCGACCCCAGGACGCUCUUUGAAAUUGUCUUCCAGGGUCUGAACUAUUUCACAGGUGUCUUCGCUUUCUCCGUGAUGAUCGGACAGAUGAGAGACGUGGUGGGGGCCGCUACUGCGGGAGAGACCUACUACCGCAGCUGUAUGGACAGCACAGUGAAGUACAUGAACUUCUACAAGAUCCCCAGGUCCGUGCAGAACCGGGUCAAGACCUGGUAUGAGUACACCUGGCACUCCCAAGGCAUGCUGGACGAGUCAGAGCUGAUGGUGCAGCUUCCAGAUAAGAUGCGGCUGGACCUCGCCAUCGAUGUGAACUAUAACAUCGUCAGCAAAGUGGCACUCUUCCAGGGCUGUGACCGGCAGAUGAUCUUCGACAUGCUGAAGAGACUUCGUUCUGUUGUCUACCUGCCCAACGACUACGUGUGCAAGAAGGGGGAGAUAGGCCGGGAGAUGUACAUCAUCCAGGCGGGGCAGGUGCAGGUCUUGGGUGGCCCGGAUGGGAAGUCCGUACUGGUGACGCUGAAAGCUGGAUCUGUGUUUGGAGAAAUAAGCUUGCUGGCCGUUGGGGGCGGGAACCGGCGCACGGCUAACGUGAUCGCCCACGGGUUUACCAACCUCUUCAUUCUGGAUAAGAAGGACCUGAACGACAUUCUGGUGCAUUAUCCGGAGUCUCAGAAGUUGCUCCGGAAGAAGGCCAGGAGAAUGCUGAGAAAUGACAACAAACCCAAGGAGCAGAGCGUACUCAUCCUUCCUCCACGGCCAGGCACCCCCAAGCUCUUCAGUGCCGCCCUGGCUGCAGCAGGAAAGAUGGAUGCCAAGGGGGCCAAAGAUGGCAAGCUUGCCCACCUCAGGGCGCGACUCAAGGAGCUGGCUGCGCUGGAGGCGGCCGCAAGACAGCAGCAGGUGCUGGAACAGGCCAAGAGUUCGGAAGACGCAGCGGGAGAGACGCGAUCAGCUAUCCCAAAACAGCCCGCGGCCCCGGAGACCCCGGCCCCAGGCUCUCCGCCACCUGCAUCCCAGGGGAGGUCCGAGGGAGAAGAGGGGGGUGCGGCCUGGCCCGAGGAGCACUCGGUGCGGGUCCACAUGAGCCCAGGCCCGGAUCCCGGGGAACAGAUCCUGUUGGUGGAGAUCCCCGAGAAGGAGGAGAAGGAGGAGGAGGAGGAAGAGGAGGAGGGGGAGGGGGAGGGGGAGGAGGAGGAGGAGAAGGAGGAGGGGGAGGAGGAGGAGGAGGGGGAGGAGAAGGAGGAGGGGGAGGAGAAGGAGGAGGGGGAGGAGAAGGAGGAGGGGGAGGAGAAGGAGGAGGGGGAGGGGGAGGAGGGAGAGGAGGGGGAGAAGGAGGAGGAAUAGGGAGGCGGUAGCUAGUGCGCCACAACCCAGCAGGUGCGCCCCCCCGCCCCGCCCACUCCCCCGCUCCCCUGCUCCCCGUGAGCCCUGAGUCCCUGCACCACAAGAAGGCCAAGACGCUGGUCUGCAGUAGUGGCUUCAGUUGCUCUCAGUUAGCAGCUCGGCCAGCGAUCCUGCCCUGAUGUCAGCUUCUCUGUCUCCCAGGGCUGGUCUUGAAAUUAACAAACUUCACAGUGUUUGUGCCCCGAAGUUCCCACCGUCACUAGAGAACCCUACCUGCCCCCCGCCUGUUAUUAUUUUUAAGAACAAAAUACUCUUCUGUGGGGCUUCAACAUAUGGGAAGCCUUGUUGGAGAAGCAAACGUUGUUGAAUGUUUGGGUUUUCCCCUCAGGAAUUUGUCUCCCACAUUUCAAGAAUAGAAAACCUUUCCGGCGGAAGGGAGGGCAGCUACACUGUUUUUUUGACUAAGUGGGAAUUCCGGCACAUGUGACCCAUGGUCCGAUGCUGUUUUUGUUUGCUGGGCGGUCACAUAAGGAACGCGCUGCUCCUUAGGACAGUUAGUACUUACCUUCCUCAGACUAUAUUCCCUUCUCAGUGAUGCUGUUAUCUUAGAACAGAUACAACGGAAAUGGCUUACUGGUAAGGGGUCUGAGCGCUUCUGAGCAUCUGCUCUGCCAGUUACCCAAGCCUCCUCAGCGGGGAUUAAUCUAUUACUUGCCUUUUACACCCUUGCUCUAGAGAGGAUGGUAGUAACUUCCUUUAAGCCUAGAAGGUGGAGUCUCAUGGCCGACAUCACUGAAGUUUCUGAGGUUUCUUCAGAUCAAGUCGUGUUGCUUUUAUAAUUUAAAAAAAAAAAAGGAAAAAGAGUCAUUCAGUCAAAUGAAUAUUUAUUGAGAGGAUUAUAUUUGCAUACUGAAUGGCUCUUCAGUGAUUAAAAACAAAAACUAGUAUUAGGCCAUUUGUUUCCAUCAGCAACAAUGAAUACAAAAGACCUGUUAUUCCAGUCCUGCCCAUUUCAUAUAAAAUCACAGGAACCUUGUGAACUACUGAAGGGGCCUCUGAAGGCUGGCAAAGUUGUGUUUUUAUCCAUUCAACUAAAGCUGAACUUUCAUUUCCCCUGUGAAAAGAAGUAAACAGUAUGGGAAUUCCCAGACUGGUCUAAGCAUUUUCAAAUCCCAGGGUAAUAAGCAGAUUCAUCUAGUCCAUGACAUAUGUGAUGGGAGUAAUCAUGAUAUUGAAUCUAGUGAUGAGCAAUGUUAUUAUUUGACCUUUUAAAAAGCUUGUAUUUAUUUUUAAAUGUAAUGACAUAUUUACAUGUGUACAAAAGGAUAUCCAGUAAAAAUUCUCCCUCCUACUCCAGACGCCCAACCUCCCUGGUCCCCUUCCUGGAAGCAACCACUAUUAUCAGUUUCUUGUUUAUUGUUUCAGAGAUAUUUUUAAGCUUGCACAAGGAAAUAUGUAAAUUCAUUCUUGUUUCCUUCCUUUUUUUCCCCCCACAAAUGGUAACACACUAGAGCUGCUGUUAUUUUUCACUUGAUUUAUGUUGGAGAUUGUUUCCUAUCAGAACAUAAAGGGUGCGCUUAUGUUUUCAGGACUGCAAUCUAGUCCACUGUAUGGACGUACCAUAACAUUUAACCACUGUCCCAUCCAUGGCCAUUUGCAUUGUUUCCAAUCUUAUGCUGUUAAAAAUAAUGCUGUAAUUAAAAAAUAUUGUACAGACAGAAUUUCACUGGUAAACACCUUUUAAAUAAGAGAAGUAUGGAGGUUUGGGCUAAUUUUUUUCUUUACCAUCCCCAUUCCUCAUUUUCAUGUUUGUACUAUAUGUUCUAUGACCCAAGCAUAGAGAAUGCUUCCAUCUUUAGCAAGUAGUUCAGAUAUAUCAAUAAAGUAAACUUAUUGCCCUUUAGUAGAUGGCAAAAUAUUUCAAAGAUACCUUCACUGUGAACAGGAAGGAAUAAUAAGGAAUCUUAUUAAGGAAUCUUUUUAUGUAAGGAAUAAAUAAGGAAUCUUUUUUAUGUAAAUGUACUUAAUAAGGAAUCUUUUUUAUGUAAAUGUACUUAUUCUUUUAGAUAUCAACCCUUGAAUGUAUACUGCUUAUUAUAUAAAGUGAGAGAUUCUUGAGGUUCCUAAGAAUUGUCCUAGAAAGAAAACUGAUUUUGAAAUGAGCUUAGCAGUGUCUUAAUUUCACUGAGAAAUCUCAUAAAACUUGACACUUUCACAAACUUUGGACAUUAGAUAAAUUGAAUUUGAGGCUGACAUUAUUCUCCAAAUGGAAUGGGACUGGUUGAUCGCCAAGAUAUGGGUGGUACAGGUCAGGAAUAUUAUCAUUCUGCAGUUGAAACAGGACUUUUAUUUAUGUGUGCUGAAUCUCUACUAAUUUAAAAUGUCUCAACAUUUCCUGCAUUUUGGUAGAAAGUGAACAGCAAGUUAUUUUUUUAACUAUAUAGAUAUUUUAAAUAAAAUUAAAACCAAGAAGCUGUUUACAAUUUCAUUAUCCAAAUGUAUUCAGCGAUCUGGAAUAUUUUCAUCCGUUUUCUUAGUAAACAUGAAUACUGUGUUUGUACUCUGGUUUUCAUCCUAUUAUAAUGCAUUUUAAUUAAAAGUAUUUAGGCAGAUGU